CCCGCGUGCGCUCAUUCAGCGCUCCAGUUCCGCUCCAGUCCAGAUCUGUGAGCUGCAGCUGAUGGUCCGUCAGUCUCCUUGUGACCUAACCACGGGAAGAACAUCUGCUCUUCCUCUCUUUCUCUCUCUCUUUCUUUCUCUCUUCUAAGGAAUAUCAGCCUGCGUUGCGCUUUCGGCUCGAACGAUGCGCUGUGCAGUUUGAUAACACGGAUUUUCAGUGCAGUUGUGGUUUCAUCAGAGCAUCACUAAAGACGCGUUUGGUGAAGCUCUGCGUCAUUCCUUCAUCUCCAGCUCAUCCAGGCGAAAGGCGUCGGAAGUUUUCGAGGAAUAUCCAAGAGGACAUUGUUUGGUUUGGAAUAAAAAGCGCUUUGGCUGGAAAUUUGAACUGGAGAGAAGCCGCUGAUAUCGGACACGUUUGAUUUGUUUCUUGCGCUCUCGGUUUAGUUAGGGAAGUUUUUGUGCAGCAACAGCGGAAAAAAACAAAACAAAACAAAACAAACAAACAAACAAACAUGGGCUUAUGUGGUUAUGUAGUUGUGCCCUGGAGAUGCCUGGCAGUUCUGGCUCUGAGACUGCUCUUCCUUGUGCCUGCAGGAGUGCCAGCUCGGAGCGGAGACUCUUAUUUAAAGGACAACAUCACGGUGAGACAGGGAGACAGCGCCGUCUUAAAAUGCAAUGUGGACAGCAAGGUAUCGAGGGUAGCCUGGCUGAACCGUACCACUAUUCUCUUCACGGGGAGUGAGAAAUGGUCUCUGGACCCACGAGUUGUCCUGCUGAAUAACACAGCAGUGACAGAGUACAGUAUAAAGAUCCUGGACGUGAACCUGCACGAUGAAGGGCCGUACGUGUGCUCCAUCCUCACGAACAAGAAACCCGAGUCCACCAAAGUUCAUCUUGUCGUCCAAGUUCCAGCCAGGAUUGUGAACAUCUCAACAGACAUUACGGUAAACGAGGGCAGUAACGUCAGUCUUAUGUGUCUGGCAAUUGGACGACCUGAACCCAGUAUUAUAUGGAAAUAUCGCUCUGCUAGAGAUCGUAGAUUCAUCAGUGAGGGCGAGUAUUUUGAGAUGACUGCGAUCACCAAAGAACAGUCAGGAUCAUAUGAGUGCAUCUCUUCAAAUGACAUCUCACCCCCUGACGUGAGGACGGUACAAGUCACAGUAAACUAUCCUCCGGUCAUUUCGCGUACUCGCAACACUGGGACGGCUGUUGGACAGAGAGGAGAGCUGCAGUGCGAAGCAUCAGCUGUUCCUCUUGCUGACUUUCAGUGGUACAAAGAAGAGCGCCGCCUUUUCAACGGACUCAACGGAGUCAAAAUCGAAAACAAAGGUAAACAAUCUAUGUUGAUAUUUUUCAACGUGUCUGAAGAGGACUAUGGAAACUACACGUGUGUGGCCAUGAACAUGCUGGGAAUCACAAAUGCAAGCAUAAUCCUGUACGGCCCAGGAGCGAUACACGAUGUGAACAGCGCUGCACAUUCUCCAUCCAGCUCUGUCUGCCCACUGCUCACACUCAUUCUCUUUUAUCUCAAGUUUUGAUGCUAGAGACACCAACAACUGCAUCAGCCCCUCUCGACAUAAAGCAAAGACAGACUCAGAGUCCCAUCAUUAGAAACAAACCACUAUUAUUGUUAUUAUUUGGUUUGAACUUUUUUUUUUCCUUCCAGGAGUUGGGCUAGAAAAUAGAUUUGGACUAUGAGUCUGUCACAUGAGAACGUGAGACUUCACAGGAUAGGGUUCUGUGGCUAGCUGGUAAAUAUAGUGAUCUCUUCAUUUUUUUUUUUUUAAAUGUCAAAGAAAAGCAAAAAGUCACUUGAUCGUAAAAAAAAAAAAAACUAAAUAAGUACAUGGAUGGUUUUGCUCGGUAUUGAAAUGUGUGAGUCGAGAUGUCCGUAUCAUGUCAGCUUUCCUUGUAAAAAAAAAACAAAAAAAAACAAAUGGAGUUCUUGCAAUGGAUUCUUCUUUUUAAAUAAUCAACAAAAGUGCAAAAAAUCAUGUGAUAUUUGAUUUCCUGUACCUGUACAGAUGUAUACAGUGGAAUACUUACAGUUCAUUUGAAUAUGAGUGAGGUCAGUCUGUGCGUAAUAUAGCUCACAUUUCCUAAAGAAAAGAAAAAAAAAACAACAGUCUGGUGUGUAUUAUAAUGUUCAUCUGUCACUGAAAUAAUGUUCUGAUUUUUUAAAGGACUGCUGCAUCACCACACACAGACAGUAGGUCGGUAGGUUAGCCAUCUUACCUGGUCUUUUUAGAUCCUUAUUUUAGACACUCUUUACAGUAAUAUACAUGUAUAAUUAGGAAGUAAGAAACACACUGGAUUUGAACAUUUGAUGCAAGAUUUGUGCACAUUUAGGCUUUUACUUCUGCAGAUGAUGAUCUAUAUGUGGAACGAGGCCCUAAAUACCGCAUGUGUAUUCAGAAAAGCAAAAGUAUUAUCAAUUAUUCAUUUACAGUAUACACUUCCUGUAGAAUUGGGAAAUUUCCUGUUCAAUGAUGAUCAUAAGGUUAUAAAUAGGGAUGCACUGAUACCAUUUUUUAAAACCAAAUACGAGUAUGAGUAUGUGUUCUGGUACUAGUCAAUACAGAUAAACUCACAUACUGAUACUUAAACUGAGUAACCGACUAAUUAUUACGCAAUCACGUUCAUCAUAGAAUAUUUUAUUUAACUUUAUUUAGUCAGGUUUUUUUUUUGGGUGCUAGUUAUGCUCUCCUGAUGCCGAGUUAUAGAUUGUACUUGUAGGUUGAUGCUCUCACAGUUUGCAGUCUGCUUUGCCUUGAUUGACAUUAAUCGUGAAAUGUCUAGCUCGUUGUCAUUCCGUGUCGUCUGUACACCCGGUUUACCACAUGCUGUAUAGUAUCACAUGAUAUCAAAUUAUAGUACUGGAGCAAUGAGCACUGACUGAACACGGUACUGAUCUGAUACCUGAUCCCUGUACUGGUAUCGAUGCAUCCCUAGUUAUAAUAUGAACUGCUUACAAAUGAGGAAAACCCUUCAUUUUUUAAGGUAUGUUUUUAAUCAUUGUUUGUUUACUCUCUGUUGAGGUAUUUUACCAGUGUUCUCUCUCAGGUUUUAAGGGAUGACUUUAAUUUUUGUGUGCCUGUGAAUGUCUAUGCUUAAAUCCUUAUGGCAAAGGAUAUUAAAAAUAAGGCCAACACCAUUAUUUGCUAUGGUUAGUAUGCAUUAUUUAUUACUCUGUAUUCUCAAAGCUGGUUUUUAAAAGUGCAUUAGAUGCAUUUUAUUCCCAUGCCUUCACCAUGCAAUUUAUCCCUCCUCCUGCCCCACCCUGACCACCGAACUACACCCCUGACACAUCCCCCUGUGUAUCUUCUUGUGUGUAUAUGUAACCUUGAUAAGCUUGCCACUUUCUCUGUCACACCUCUGCACCUGUUACUCUCUCUCUCUAAAAGCAGAGCUCGAAUGCAGUCAGCACCUUAAUGAGGAGAUUUGGAUGCUUCCCAAGGAGAAACAGUUAUCAGCCCAUGACAUUACACCAGCUAGCCGCACUCACUUGCAUGUGCAAACACACACACAUACACACACACACACAGAAAGAGAGAGAGACAGAGAGAGAGAGAGAGAGAGAGAGAGAGAGAGAGAGAGAGAGAGAGCGCAUAGGAAUGAAAACGUGUACACUAAAGAUUUUACAAGAACAAAUCUUCUACUCCACUCAAACACACACACACACACACACACACACACACACACACACACACACACA